AUGUCUGACCCUUUGGCAGUUGAUAUAGCUGGUAGCAGCUUGAAAUACACAUCUCACGCAGGUGUUGAGUGUUUGAUUGACUUCAGCGACAUUCUCUGCGUGUUGUCCAAUCCUGCACCCACGUAUAGUGUCCUGUUCUUUCAGAAAACCGAACUGGAUGGCUCUGAGGACUUUUCCUUGAAAAAGAUCGAUAUAAAAUCCCUGCCUGCAGCACUAUCUCCGUUGGUGACCAAGAUUCCUAGCCACCUUCGAUAUGAAGAUGAGCCACCUGUCGUCCAAGUUGUGGUAUCUACUGGAUCAGGAAUAGGGAAAGCCAAGACAGUCUUUCAAGAUGUUGUACGGCCUCUUCUAAAAUAUAUUGGUCUAGAGAGUUACGAGCUCUAUGAAACGGAGUCGCCGCAAACUAUCAUCGAGCUCGCGCAAUCGAAAUUCCUGGAGCGGGCUCAUAGUGGUGUCCCUCAGACCAUCAUUCUUCUCUCUGGUGACGGAGGCCUCAUCGAUAUUCUCGAGGUUUUCUACAGAUCUAAGAAGGCGAUUGGUGUAUCUCCGAAUAUUGUAUUGAUUCCUUGUGGGACAGGGAAUGCCAUGGCAAGUUCUAUCGGAUUACGAUCUGGCCCUGUGCCAGGUCUUUCAACACUACUUCGAGGCAGCCCAUCUCCUGUACCGGUCUUUGCUGCCAGAUUCUCACCUGGCAGUCGAUUGGUCAUCGAUGAAGGUCGUCAGCGAGCCGAUAUUGACACAGAUGCUCACCACACAUUAUACGGGGCCGUUGUUGCGAGCUGGGGUCUCCAUGCUGCAUUAGUUGCAGACAGCGAUACGUUUGAAUAUCGCAAAUUUGGAAGCGAUCGAUUCAAGAUGGCCGCAAAUGAGCUACUUCAUCCCUCGGAUGGCACUCCGCCUCACAAAUUCAAAGGCAAAAUCACAUUAACUGCCUCGAGUGGCCCGGACGAGGCACGUUGUCAAGAAACAGUGGAUGCACUUGAGCACAUGUAUGCGCUUGCGACGCUCGUCCCGCGACUUGAGAAAGAGUUCUUGAUUUCCCCAGAAUCGGUGCCACUUGAUGGAAAGAUGAGGUUCAUCCGCUUCGGUCCUAUGUCGGCGGAAGAAGCGAUGCAUUUGAUGACUCUAGCCUAUCAGGGUGGCCGACAUGUGAUAGAAGAUACGGUCACCUAUGUCGACAUUGAGGCAGUUCGAAUCGAUUUUCAAGAAGAUGAGGAGAAAUGGCGACGCGUUUGUAUUGAUGGAAAGAUCGUUGCUGUCGAAAGAGAUGGCUGGGUGGAAAUUUGUAAAGAACCUAGCCGUUUGCUGAACUUGAUCAAUUAG